AUGUUGAUCAAACAGAACCUGCAGUGUCCCACUGUCCCUGAGCUGAUUCGAGGCACAGCCCAGUGGGGCGCUCCUUCCAGGGUUCCAGGGCAGCUCCAUUUGCCACGCCAGUGCCCCAGCGAGCCCCGCACCUCGCCCACAUCAGUCAAUAACCGGCAGGCGGCCACUCACAACACCACCUGCAAAUAUGGACUGAGAGAAAGGAAGUGA